GCCUGUCAUAGCUGUUCCUAUUCCUCCAGCCAGCUGGUGUCCCUGUCCUACACAGCACUAUACAGCCAGCUGGUGGAGUGUGCCUUCUCUACAGCCUGUUCUUGUUCCUAAAGCCACUGGUUUGUCUGUUCUACACUACUUGACCCUCCCCCUCAUAAUGAUUAGCUGCUCCUAAAAUGGUUUGUUUCAGCAUGAAGGUAGAAUUUUUCUACCUCCAUGGUUUCAGCAUAGAGGUAGAAUUUCUACCUCCAUGGUUUCAGUUGGACUUCUAGCUCACUCCAGUAACGUUACAUGUACGUAUAUGUUGACAUGGGACUAGAUGACUGAUACAUAGAUGGAGGGCCAGGAGGGUCCUGUUCUUGAUGAAACUGUCUUGGAUCCAGUCUUGCUGCCGAGGCAAAAGGAAGCUUCAAGCUGCUGCCAAAUAGACUUCAUUUCACAGCCGAUCACAUACCAGGAGUUUUUCCUGCUGUACCUCCAACCCAACCGUCCAUGUUUGUUUGGAGGCCACAUCACCAGCCAGUGGCGCUGCAGAAGAGAAUGGGUGAGCAAGGACGGAAAACCCAACUGGAAUGCUCUAAAACAGUUGUUUGGCAAACUGACUGUUCCAGUGGCUGACUGUAAGAGGGUGGAAUUCCAGGCACAGCCCAAAUGUGACAUGAUACUGGCAGAGUUCUUAGACUAUUGGCAGGACUUGUACACAAGUGAACACACACCCGGCAAGCCUUGUUUAUACCUGAAAGACUGGCAUUUCUGCAGGGCUUGCCCAGACUAUGGUGCAUAUGAGACUCCAGUGUUCUUCCAGUCAGACUGGCUAAAUGAGUUCUGGGAUCUGAGAUACCGUGGUGCAGAUGACUAUCGUUUUGUGUACAUGGGACCAAAGGGCUCAUGGACACCUCUCCAUGCAGAUGUUUUCCACUCCUACAGCUGGUCAGCCAAUAUCUGUGGACGUAAACAGUGGCUGUUCUUCCCACCUGGGCAAGAGGAACAGCUACGUGACACUACUGGAAGUCUUGUGUAUGAUGUAAGAUCAGAGGAACUUCUGAACUCCAAAAGAUAUCCACACUACCACAAGGACACCAGACCCAUGGAAGUCAUUCAAGGCCCUGGGGAGGUUGUGUUUGUGCCCAGUGGCUGGCACCAUCAAGUGUAUAACAUGGAAGACACCAUUUCUAUAAACCACAACUGGGUUAACUGCUGCAAUGUCCACAUGAUGUGGUCCUUCCUGCAGGCUGAGCUGUGCAGGGUGCAGCAGGCCAUCUCAGACUGUACAGAUAUGGAGGACUGGCACGGACAUUGUCAGGUGAUGCUGAAGGCCAGUAGUGGGAUAAACUAUGAGGAGUUUGUGGACUUUCUGGUGUGUAUUGCUGAGAGGAGGCUGCAUGACCUGCAGGUGUGGGACCAGGACGGAUCCAGACAUCACCACCACAGGCUGGACCUGCGCACCCUGUCAUCACUCCUGUCUGUCAUCAUGGCCGACCAGCACUUCACACUCAUGGCUGCAGCAGUACAAGCUCAAGUUGGCUCCCUGAAACAGACACUGGACAAAGUCAAUCCUUAGAAGAAUUGAAAUUUUCUAACAUGGACUCAGAAAAAAAAAAGAGCAGACUUUUGAAAAGAAAUUUAGCCACAGUAAAUUUGAAUGUG